UGCUCUGUCCUGGAAGUGGUUUUCCAAACGGAAAAUUGGCUAGUUGUUUGUUAGCAACAGUCACUGUGGAAUGAAUUGGUGUGUUUGUAAAAAGAUUGAGCCAUGUCGACUUUGGCUGAUGAAACAGCAGGAGACAUGCCUGUGAAAGACAUAAGCUUCAGCCACACUGCAGUCGGGGGACUACAAGCAGAAUCGUUGGCAGUGCCAAAUGGCCGACCACGGCAGGCCGCUGUCCCAGCGGGGAUUUCCCGGAUCAGCCGCGAGGAGCUUGAGGACCGUUACUUGCGCCUCCAUGAGGAGAGCCUCCUCCUCAAACAACACAUCCACAAGCAGGAGGACAAGAUCAGGAGGAUGGCGACCAAACUGGUCCGGCUGGUGAAGGACAGGAAGCGGGAUGGGCAGGCGGUCCAGGGCCCUCGUCCGGUCGCCCGGGACGUGGAGACGGAAGAGAUGGUGGAGGAGCUCCAGGAGAAGGUGCGGGAGCUCACGAGACAAAACGAGGGCCUGAAGCAGCGCCUCAUCACUGCCAAGCAGCAGCAGCAGCAGGGCCCAGGCCGCCGACACGUCCCGUAUGGGCACGUCCAGCCUCGCAUUAACACCGGGCUGCGGCCCCCCAGCAGAGGCCAUCGGACCGUGGAUAUGAAUGCUAAGGCAACCCAGAACCUGCUUCCACGAUACGGCCAUAGUCUGCUGGACGACGCCAGGGCCGAGAUCCGUAAUCUGGAGAGCGAGAUGGAGUCUCAGAAGGCACACACUGAGGAGAUGGACCAUUGCACUGAGAUGCUGAGGGAACAGCUGAGGAGGAAGGAGAGGGAAUCUGAGGAGCAGCUGCAGCUUCUCAGAGAGCUGCAGGCCAAUGAGCAGAGGUCAGCCGUUAAGGACAAUGUGGAGAUGAUCAAACUGCAGAAACAGCUGGCUGACAAAGGCAAUGCAUUCACAGUUCUGGAGGGUCGUUUUCUUCAGCUCCAGGAGAACCAGAGGAUCCUGAAUGGCAGCCAUGAUGCAAUGAUGGCCCAGGUGGAGGAGCUCAGCAGUCAGCUGAAGGAGGAGCAGCUGCGGAGUCGCGGCCUGGAGAACCAGCUGCAUGCCAGCACGUUGGCGCAGCACCGCACUGAGGAGCUUCAAGAACGCAUCCUUGAUCUGGAGAAGGAGCGAGAUCUGCUCAAGGAGAAUUGUGAUAAACUAUUCAGCAGGACAGAGGUGGAAAUUGUGACCCGCAAGAUGGAAGACAUUAAAAUGGAACACGAGCUGAAACUCGAUCGACUGGCCCAGCUGCUCGACAUGAGAGCGGCCAGAGUCAGGAAGCUGGAAGCUCAGCUGAAGGACAUCGCCUACGGCACCAAAGCACACACGUUCAGGGCUGAGAUCGCAGGGCAGGAUGCAGAGGCAGAACUUGAGGAGACCCUGCACCUGGAGCGAGGGGAGAACCUGCUUGAGAUCCACAUCAGCAGGGUACAGCUGUCAGUGGGGGCUCUGGAGGCUCUGGCCGACCCGGAUCCGUCCACCUUCUGCACAUACGCUUUCUACGACUUCGAGCUGCAGGCGACCGCGGUGGCACAGGGCCCGCAGCCGGCUUUCAACUUCACGUCCCGCUACACGGUGUGCAUGGACGAUGCGUUCCUGCGCUACCUCCAGACUGGCGCCGUCACACUGGAGCUGCAGCUGGCCAGCGGCACAGACUUCAGCACGGUGGCCGCCUGUCAGCUUCGGCUGCACCAGAUCCUGGAGCGCGAGGGCAGGGUCUUCGGCACCGCGCCCCUGACCGGAGUGGGGGGAGAGGUCCAGUCCUUUGGCACGCUGGAGUACUGGCUUCAACUCAGGCUUCCAAUGGAGCAGGCUGCUCGCUUGUACCAGGAGCGUUUGAAGGCCCUGGGCUACCUCACCUCUGGCCACCGGGGGGAGCAGCAGUCCCAGCAGGCCUUAGCAAAAGGGAAAGUUCCCUCCAUGGCGCCUGAGGAUAGCAAUCCUAACGACCUCCGUAUCACGGUGCACCGCUGCAGCAACUUGAAAGCCCGGCAACCCACCACCCAGCCCAGCCCCUACGUGGUCUACAAGCUUUUCGACUUCCCAGACCAUGACACCCACAUCCUGCCGGCCAGCAGCCACCCCCAGUUUGACGACCAUAUGAUCUUUCCCCUGCCCAUGGAUGGAGGUCUGGACCGCUAUCUACGGACCGAAGACCUGCAGGUUUAUGUGCUCGAUGACCUGGAGCCGGAGAGCCAUCUUUACCUUGGAAAGGCCAAAGUACCUCUCAUAUCUUUGGCCCAUAAUAAAAGCAUCACAGGCACAUUCGAGCUGACAGCUCCCAGCGGCCAGCCCAGCGGAACCAUCGACGUGACCCUGGAGUGGAGACGCCCGUACUGCCCUCCCCCCGGUGUCUCCGUACCCGCGUUCUUCGCCAAAGAGACUCCGGAGAAAUUGGUCGCCGUGCAGGAGAGGAGCGGUGCGCCCCGUCCCCCGACUCCAUCUGGCCCGGAGGCAGUGGCCCCUCAACCGAGACAGCGAACUUUGUUGAAGGAGAAGCUGAGCGGGAAGAAAGUGUCCUUCAUGGAUGACACGCCUGCUGAGAGCAUAGUGCCAGAGCAGAGUCCACCCGCUUCUGCGGAGGGUACAUCUGCACAUGAGACCCUGGGCGUCAACCCGCUGCACAAGUUCCUGCUUCUGGUUGACCUUGAGGACACCGAGCCACACAGGGGAGCUGAAGAGGAGGAUGAUGAGGAAGAAUCGCAUGUCUCUGAGGGGCAGCUGGCCACUGCCAGCUCUACCUCCACCUCCCAGGAGGCGGACAUUUCAGAGGAGCUCCCUGCACUGGACCAAGGGCCUGAGGUAUCCCCUGAGGUAUCCCCUGCGUAUUAUGUUUCAGGGCCUGAGGUAUCCCCUGAGGGCCUGAGGGUGUCCCUGGUUCCCAGCACUCUAUGCCAGAAGGGCCUGUGUUCUCCCCAGGUUGUUUCACCUGUUCUGCCUGUGCUAACUCGUCCCCGUGACUCUUCACAGCCAUCAGAGCGAAUCCGCAUCGAGAUCACGUCCCUGAGGCUGGCACGGGGCUCCAGGGUGGCCUCGGAUGACACUGUGUCCCGGCUCUUCAUAGAGUACCGUUUCCUGGACGGGCCCUCGGUGGAGACGCCACUGUCUUUGCCCAAGCCCCGGGCUGGCCAGAGCAUCUACUACAACUACAGCAGCGUGAUUCACGUGGACGCACAGAAUAACAAGGCGAGAAGGGACCUCCUGCGCUCCGCGAUCCGGGGGGACGCCAGGCAGCUGGAGAGCAUCAAGUUCAUCGUGGUGAGCGACCCCCCUGAGGAGCAGCAGGACCAGGAGUGCGAGGAUGUGGGCAUGGCCUUGGUCAGGAUCGCCAGCAUCCUGGAGCAGCAGCGCGACCUAGUAGAUGCCACACUGGACGUUGUGGAUAUGCAUGACAGCACUGUGACGGUGGGCAGCCUGACUGUCACUGUGGAGGCCCUCCAGGCGCUCCAGUCCAUUCAGAGAGAGCUACUACCUUCACACCCAAGUCGGGAGACGCCUUAUAAGUAACUGGUGAUGAGCUAGCAGUUAGUCUGGCAUCUGUGUGUGUCUGUGUGUGAGAGAGAGGGAGAAAGAAAGGAUAUUUGUGGGACAAACUCAGUCCUUGUUUCAAGGGAGAAUUAAAUAGCCCUGACUGUCAUUUAUAAAUACAAACAUCUUGUAGCUGUACAGUAUUUUAAGUUGUCUUGUUUUAAAAUUCCUUUUUAUUUUGCCUUUUAAAAAUCUUAAUUUUAAUUAAUCCACACAGACUUUAAUGUGCUCACAUGAAAUUUCAUAGCCGUUAUGUGUAAUGUGCCGUGUGAACAUCUGUACAUCUUAAUAAAACCCUCAUGUUUUCCUGAGUCCCACGUCAUGCCUAACCAUUGCGUUAAACGGAAAGCCAGUUAAGAUCCAUUAAGAAUCCCACACUGUGGUGAAGUUGUAGAUGAAAUUGUCUGGAUUAAUGUGUUAAUCUGCCUCUUUAAAAUGCUAAUGUCCAUUUUAUGCACAUUAAAUCACAUACUUCUGCUUUGAUGAGAGCAAUUUCUGCCAAUUAAAUAACUGCAGAAUACAGUGGUGGACAUUUACAGGGGAUCAUUGUGAGAUAUCAAAUGUACUGUAAGUUUAAAGCAUGAGUCACUGACAUGAAACGGGGCCAUUUAUGUAACAUGGGUACAGCAAGAAAAAAAGGUACCCCUCUAAUUUAACUGAUGCCUGCGUAAUUUAAAUGGUCCAAAACAGGAAUCAUUUUAAAGCAGUUCGUUGUUUCUUUGUAGAUUUAUUAAUUAUGCUUAUUGUAUUAAAAUGUCUUGUUUUUUUAA